AUGCUACCAAAAAUAUAAGCUUAAACUAUUUAAUAAGAUAAAAAUUCUACGUUGCCAUUUAGUCCAAAAAAUGAGCAAAGCAGCUCUUAAUAAUAAAUGGCAAUGUAAAAUCGAUAAAAUUUGAAUAGUUCAAAUGGUUAUAAUAUGAAUCUUACUUAAAAUAUGAAUAGCAAUCAGAAUUUAAAUUAGAAUAUUUAAAUGGAUGACAUAUUGAAGCGUAAGGAAUCAAGUUGGAAUCCUCGCCAUCAUGUAAAUGCUGAUUUGCCUCAUUACAGUUCUUACAACGAUAGACACAGUGAGAGUUACAAGCUAAGCUAAUCCAUAAAUACGUAAAGUGGUAGAAAAAGGAAAAUGAUCGGCUAUAAGCAGCAUCAAAUUAUGCUAAACGAUGGAAAUAUUUAGAACUCACAUGAUAUGAAUUAAUCUGCUAUUUAUUAGGAUGAAAUGAUGGGAAAUUCUUCAGCGAAUUUCAAAAAGAAGCAAAUGUUAUCGCAGUAGAGAAAUAGAAGUUUAACCUAUAAAAGGGUGAAAGAUUAAAAAUUUUAAAAUAAUAACGGUAAUAUGAGCACAAACAACUAAUAAAAUUAAAUAUUAAAUGUUGCUUAUAAUUAAUUUGGAAUGGAAUCUCUCUCAGAUGCAUAGCAGAUGUAAAAUUAAAAUUUUAAAAAUAAAAGAAUUCUUACUCUUAAAGAGAAAGUGGAAGAACUUUAUCAGCAAAUAAUAGGUCUAUAUGAAUUCCAUAAUUUUUAGCAUUUCCAUAGGGAAUAUUUUGACUUAUUUAUUUAAGAUAUGCCUUCGAAGAGACUUUAUGAUAUUUUAGUUAGAGAAAUUAAGUUGAUAAAUGAUAAAAAAUCUUUGUAUUAAAUAACAAUGAAGACAAUUAGAGCAAGAGAAAACUGCCUUGAUAAAUUAAAAGAUGCUAUAUUUUCCCUAUCAGACUGCUAUGAAAAGAAAGAUUAGUAAAUAGAAGAGAGUUGCUUUGAUAAUUGUUGUAGACUAUUAGCUCAUCUUAGAAUCCUAACAAUAUCAGCAGUUGAGGCCAUAAGUUAAUGGAGAAAUUACUUUUUCUUUAUUUAAAAGUAUGCUAUGGGUUAUGAGAAGUACAAAAAGAAGGAUAUCAUGCUAAUAUUCUUCUGGGAACAUAUGAAUUAUAUGUUGAAGAUAAGAAGUGAUGCUCAUUUCGUUAAUCAUUCAGUUAUGAAUAGAUAUAUCCCUUUUAGCACUAAAUAUGAUCCUUUUUUUGUAUAUCCUAACAAAAUAAAAGGAGAUUGUGCCUAAUUUUCUUAAUUUUCAAACAAAAUUUAAGAAAGUAUAAACGGGUGUUUAGAUCUUUCUGAUCACUUAAAAUAAAGAAUUCAAAAUUGCGAGAAAAUAAUUAUUAAUGAGUGUAUAAUGGAUAGAGCUAAUAAAAAACUUCAUCCAAUAAGCAAAGAGCUACUUCUCAUUUAAACACCAAAAUAUCUUUAACCAAAUCGACUUAAUACUUCUGAUUAAAUGAUAAAUAUGGAAAGAUAAAUGCCUUAAUAUUCAAAUUAAAUGUAAAGAAACGUAUCUCAUGAGCCAAGAACUCAAUUUGAAUAAGAAUAAAUGCAUGGAUCGGCAUCACUCAGAGUUGAUAAAUCAUAUAAUACAUUAAGAAAUAAUUCUAGGUAAGGGUUAUAAAGCUCGAGAAAAUCAAUGAGUGCCAAGUAAAAAAUAGGAAGCUAGGAUAAAUAUUAAGUCUAUUCAUCAUAUAGAAAUGGUAUAAAUGGAUUUAGUAAUAACAAUAGCACAAAUGAUUUUAAAAACUAAAAAAACCAUAAAAAUUUUAAUAAUUAAAGCUUAAGCUUAUCAGACAUUAAACAAAACCCUGAAUUUGAAUUUGAAAAUGGAGGAGAUUAAUAUAAUGAUCAAUAAUUUAAUUAAACAUUUUCACCUCAAAAGGCUGAUGAAAGAUUCCCAAAUUAAAAUCAGCAACCAUCAAAUUUAAAUUUAGAUCAAAUAACUCCAAACGAUGUAAAUAUAACUCCUAAUAAAAAUACCAUCUCAGAUUAGUAAUACUAUUCGAAUAAUGUUCCUUAUUCCUUACAGAUGAGCCACUCACCAUCAAAAUCUCAACCAACUUAUGCUUUUAGUCCUAACUAAAAAGCAAUCAAACAGUCAAACGGUUCUUAAAAUUAAUUUAAUGAGGAUAAUGCAGUGAAUGAAAGCUAAUCUUCAAUAAAUAAUGGAAUGGUUUAUGUAAAUAGUAAAGAGCCAGCAAAUUAAUUAAAAAAAAUAACUUCUCAAGCCUAGCCUACUGAAAAGUAAAAGAGAGCAUACAGUAGUAAUAAUAAUCAAAACAAUUAAUCUUAAAAGUAGAUUACACCAUACUAAAAAAAUAGAGUUAAAACUUAAGCUACUGGUUUAUAAGCAAAUAAAGGAGGUUAAUAUAAUGGUAAAAAUUAGCAACUUAAUAAGAAAGGACCAAAUGGAGAUAUGGUAAAAAUGAAUGUUUAAGAAAUAGGUAUUGCAAUCAGCGAGUAUAUUGAAAAUAAGCUGAAAGAACCUAGAUAAAAAGUUUAUUAUGUAAAACCUAGAUCAAUUAUGGAAAGAGAAAUAAAAGUUACACUAAAAGAUUACUUUUUACGUAUACCAAAUAUUCUUUACAAGCUCUUGGUCCACAAUGAAAACCAAUUUAUUAAUAAGUUAAAAGAUGAAAUUAAUUUCCAUUUACUUGAGAUAAGGGAAUAAUAAACAGAAAGAAUAGCUGCUUUGAGCAUAAUCCAUGUUGAUCGCUAAACUAUUUCUUGCAGAAAAAUUGAGAUAGACCACUUUUCUGUAAUUGAGUUAGAAAAUUUUGAUCCUAUUCUUAAGAAACUUCUUGAAUAUAUCUGGAAUAAUGAUUCUGCUGAUGAAAUUAGCUUCAAAAUAUGUUGUAAUGAGUAGCCAGAUGAGCUAAAUCCAUUCCAAAGUAUACAAGAAAUACUUUUCGAGAACCAUUUUAAGUGGAGAGAAGUAGAAACUAGUGAAGAAGAAAAUGAAAACUAAAACAGCGAAGGUCUUAAUCCAUUAGAUCUAAAUAAUUCUUAGGCAUACCAAUAAGGUACUACUGCAUAGACUACAACCCUCAAAGUAUUCUAUGUUUAAAGACCUAAUUCAAAACCAAAAAUUAAGCUACCGAAUUUAAAAUAUGUUGAAAACCACGCAUUAACUGUUAAAUAAAGUGUUAUAAUAUCUAAGGAACCUUUAGAAAUGGAUGAUCAUAUGAAAUUAAUGAAUUUAUAAUAUCAAGAAAAACCAGGAAAGUAUGUUGACAUUACUAUGAUAUUGAUAUCUAUUUUAGUAUAAAUAUUUACUUCAGAAAAUUUAAGAGAUUUGGCCAGUGUUAAAACAAACAAAAAAGUUAAAGAAACUUUUAAUAUAGCAAGCUAGUUACGUACACCAAGCAGCGGCAACAAUUCACAAAUAAAAAACGUACGUGAGAGUUAGUAAAAUAUCUAAGAUUAAGCUAAUUAUGAAAAAGAAGAAUAAGGUAUGUAAAGUGAACACGAAAAAAGUGAAAUAUAACCUAUGAAACAAUCAUAAUCUAUGAUUAAAGAUAACUAGAAGUCUUCUAAUAAUCCUAAUAACUUUUUACUUUAAUCUGGUAUACUCAAAAACGAAGAAUUUCCUUCGAUACAAGGAUUAAACAAAUAUCUGACUGGGUUAAAUUAAAAUGUAUUUUUGCUUAAAGAUGCUCCAGUUUUCAAGAAAAAUAAAGUAAAUCUAGGUUUCUUACAGCAUGGUUUCCAUCUCCCUAAUUUCCAUUAAUCAGUAUUAACAACUGUAGGAGAUAAACCUUCUUUCUAUUUACGUAUAAGAAUAACUGAAGAUCUAUAAGGUCUUUGUUGGAAAUUAAGGAGCUCUUCUGUUUACGGAGAACAUCAACUCUUAUUGAUUCCUACUGAAGAUUAUAAUAAUUUUAUGUUUUUCCUAGAUGCCAGAGAAUAUAUUGCUAAAGAAAACCCUCCAGAUUUAUUCCUAUUUUUACGUAAAUUUUUAGAAUCAGUUGAUGAUAAGCAGUAAGUAGAAGGUGAUGUGUGGAUUCCGUAAUUUAAAAAGAAAUCUCUUCUUAUUAAAAAUACUGAUGUAGCCUCCAUUUUUGCAGAAAAAAAGAUUUAUACAAAUUUAGAAACUUCUCUUAUUUUUAGAGAUUAAAUUUAAGGAGGUAAAAUGAUAUUAAACGAUUUAGAGUAGAAUGCCUUUCUAAUAAGAGCACCAUUUAUUUUUGGUAUGCUUCAUAAUGAUUUAGAUGCCAUUAUUUAAAAUAUACCCUUUUACUCUUUUGUGGUAGAUGAAGAUGAUUUAGAUUUUGUCUAAGACAAAAAUUCAUAUUAAAGAAGAAUAAAUACAAACAUUCACCCAUCCUUGUUACAGAAUGUUCCUACAAAUUCAUAACUUAAGAAAAUGAAUACUUAAGAAACAUUAAAAUGA